AUGUUAGCAGCAAAAGAAGCCAGAGUAAUUCACCUGAACAAUUUGCAAGCCUACCCGUUGUCUCAGACAUGGAGUUCCACUUGCAGGAGAGAAAGAAGUCUUUGCAUGGUGGAUCAAUCACCCCAGACCCCGACAGUCAGAUCUGGCCAAUUUUUGAGCCUAAAUCAGAUCCUCUAGGGUUAACCUUGAUCGGUGACCUGGCUGAGUGUGACAUGAACAAAAUCAAAGCCCUGGCUCAUAUUGAGCUGACCACUCUGUUUGACCAUUACGACAUUGUCUACACAAGGCCAAAACGUAAACGGAAGACGAAAGAACAUGGAAUAUUUGGAGUCCCGUUGGAGAUAAUGGUAGAACAUGACCAGAAGAGAAGUCCGGGUGCAACAGUCCCUAUCGUCUUUCAGGCAAUGAUAAACUUUCUAGAGAAAGAAGGUCUCUAUACUGAAGGACUUAUGAGAGUUUCAAGGGCAGAAAGUAGGACAAAG